CUUCUCGGUCCUCGCCCGAGCAGAGUUGGGACUGGUAGACCGCGCCUCUGAAGGCGCCUGCCAGCUCAGACUGGGCGAUCGCUUCCUACUCCUCGCCUUUUCCGCGGGCUCCGUGGAGUUCUUGCAAGCCGGCCAGGAUGUCUCAGGCUGAGUUUGAGAAAGCUGCAGAAGAAGUUAAGAACCUUAAGACCAAGCCAGGAGAUGAUGAGAUGCUUUUCAUCUAUGGCCACUACAAACAAGCGACUGUGGGCGACAUAAAUACAGAACGGCCCGGGAUGUUGGACUUCAAGGGCAAGGCCAAGUGGGAUGCCUGGAAUGAGCUGAAAGGGACUACCAAGGAAGAUGCCAUGAAAGCUUACAUCAACAAAGUGGAAGAGCUAAAGAAAAAAUACGGGAUGUGAGAGACUGGAUUUGGUUGCCAGGCCAUGUGUUUAUCCUAAACGGAGACAAUGCCUUGUUUUUUCUAAUACCAUGGUUGGUGGGAAUUCGGGAAAAUAACCAGUUAACCCAGCUACUCAAGGCUGCUCACCAUACAGCUCUAACAGGUUAGGGACUAAAACAAUCACUGACCUUCCUUGAGUAGUUUUUAUCUGAGAUCAAUUAAAAGUGUAUUUGUUAAUUUAAA